AUGUCUCGUCGGUCGAUGCUCAGAGCGGCUCUGAUACUCGCCUCGAUCCACGCGCAGACGCCGCCGCCCGCUUCGGGCCCGGCGGAGCCGUCGCCGCCGGCCUGCGCCGACGAUUCGACCUGGCACAAAAAAGACGACGAGACCAAGAACUGCCAGUGGGUGAGCGAGCUCCUGCCGACGCGCUGCGACGUCCACGGCGACGACAGAACGGCGCAGGAGGCGUGUAGAAAAACGUGCGACACCUGCGAGUCGGAGCUUCCGCCGCCCCGGCGCUCGACCUUCGCGCCAACCGUCACGCCGUCGGAGGAGGAGGAGUGCCGGACCGACAUAUGUGCGUUUCCCGAGACGAGCCUCCACGCUAUCGACGCGAUACGUUUUUGUGCACGCAGGCCUUGACAGGGACAACGACUGCUGCGCGCCGCUCGGUGGCGAAGGCGCGGGCGACAAGCCCGAGCCCCGCGGAUGUAGUAUCCCUGGCUUUGUGGUAAAGCCCGAUCCCACCGGCCGGAGCGGCUGGGCGCCGUGCCACGCGGCCUUCGGCACGGACGCGACCUACAAGUGUUGCAGAGAUACGGAAUUUGCUAGCCCGAACGAAGUGUGCCGCUCCGAUAUAUGUAAGGAUCGCGACGACGACUGCUGCGCGACGGGCGGCGAACAGGGCACGAAGAACGAGCCCCGGGGGUGCAAGGUCGACGGCUACAAGGUCACGGCGGACAUGCACGGGCGGUCGGGCUGGGCUCCGUGCAAGGCGGCCUUCGGCCAGGACGCGAUCUACCAGUGCUGCAUCCCCAAGGACGAGUACAAGGAGACGUGCCGGUCCGACAUCUGCGUCGACCGCGACAGCGACUGCUGCGCUCCCGAAGGGGAGAAACGUGGCUGUGGCAUCGCGGGCUACCACCCGGCCCCCGACCCUACAGGAAAAUCCGGCUGGGCUCCGUGCAAGGCGGCCUUCGGCCAAGGGGCGAUAUACCAGUGACAGACCGUGCGGAAAUCAAACGCGUCCGCCCCCACGCCAUCGACGCGUUUCCACGCAGGUGCUGCGGCCCCGCAGACCUCAUGCAGGAGACGCUCCAACCUACACAGAAACCUACGCAAGCACCGACCGUCGCGGCCGCUAAAAAGAAGUAUGUACACGGCAGCCGAAGUGGCUUACAGGUGUUCUUCGCACUCGUCCUCAUUAUGGUUAUCAUUAUCAGUAUAAUGGCCAUCUGUGCCCGGUGCAAGAAGGACCAGCGGUCGAACCAACGGUCCCUGGAGAUGUCCGAGCGUCAGUCGUCGUACGAGCCGCCGGUCGUCCAAGGGGAGCGCGUGCCGACACCCAUGGGGCGCGUCCCGCCGUCGAAGCUCGACAGCCCGCGCGGGGCCGUUGUUUAA